AUGCACUGUCUCAGAGCGCUGAGAUGGUCAGAUCUCCUACAAGUUAUUUCCAAAAAUACCAGUAGGACGAGAAAUUGUCUCUUCAUACAUCCAGCAUGUUGUCUGAACAGAAAAUCAACAAACACCUUCCAGCGACGGACGUAUACCCACAUGGAUAAUUUCCAUAAUAAAAUAAACUUGCAUUCCGUAUCUCCAAGCUCUGGAGUGGAAAAUAUGCUUUUCUACACCAUCACAGAAGGAAGAGACCAAGUGCCAAUUUCAUACUUUCAUGCUGCCCUGAAAAAAACUGGUCUUCAGCCUUCAGACCCUCGGCUCAAAGAGUGCAUGGAGAAGCUACGGCGUGCAGUGAAGGACUCUGUUGGAGAGGUGAUGAUGGACAAAGACCUUUUCCGCAGAUGUGUGGGUGGCAACAUCGUUCUCCUAAUUCAGGCCUUCAGAAACAAAUUUAUCAUCCCUGAAUUUGAUGUAUUUGCACAAAAAAUCGAUGAAAUCUACAAGACAGUGCAAGAACAAAGUGAUGGAAAGGUUGCUGACUACAUCCCCCAGCUGGCCAAGUUCAGCCCAAAACUAUGGGGUGUGUCUUUAUGUACAGUUGAUGGCCAGAGGCAUUCUGUUGGUGACACGAAGCAGCCGUUCUGCCUUCAGUCAUGUGUGAAGCCCCUGCAGUAUGCCAUCGCUGUGCAUGAGUCUGGAACAGAGAGGGUUCAUAGCUAUGUGGGCAUGGAGCCCAGCGGACUCAAGUUCAAUGUGCUCUCUCUUGAUGAGGAAGAUAAGCCUCACAACCCCAUGGUGAAUUCUGGAGCUAUUUUGAUCAGCUCUCUUAUCAAGCCCCUCUCAAAUAAGGCAGAAAAGUUUGACUAUUUCAUGGAAUUUGUAAAAAAGAUGGCUGGCCAAGAAUAUGUUGGAUUUAGCAAUGCUACGUUUCAGUCAGAAAAGGAGACUGGUGACAGAAACUUUGCAAUUGGAUACUACAUGAAAGAGAAGAAGUGUUUUCCUCCAGGAGCUGAUAUGAUUGAUGCCCUCGAUUUCUACUUCCAGCUUUGCUCUAUUGAGGUGACCUGUGAGUCAGGAAGCGUCAUGGCUGCCACCUUGGCCAACGGAGGGAUUUGUCCAAUCACAGGCGAGCGAGUCCUUAGUGCUGAGGCGAUGCGGAACACCUUGAGCCUCAUGCAUUCCUGUGGCAUGUAUGAUUUCUCUGGCCAAAUGGCUUUUCACGUGGGUCUACCAGCUAAAUCUGGAGUGUCUGGGGCGAUACUGCUGGUGAUCCCUAAUGUAAUGGGAGUGAUGUGUUGGUCUCCACCUUUGGACAAAGUUGGGAACAGCGUCCGAGGAAUACAUUUUUGUCAGGAGCUGGUUUCACAGUUUAAUUUCCACAAUUAUGACAACCUUAGGCACUUUGUAAAGAAGCAAGACCCUCGCCGGCAGGAUGGUGAUGACAGGAACAAGUCUGUUUUCAACUUAAUGUUUGCUGCCUUCAGUGGGGAUGUGUCAGCAAUGAGAAGAUUUGCUCUCUCAUCUGUGGACAUGGAUCUGAAAGACUACGACUCCAGAACAGCGCUACACAUCGCUGCAGCAGAGGGUCACAUUGAUGUUGUAAAGUUCCUCACUGAAACCUGCAAAGUGGAUCCUUUUGUGCAAGACAGGUGGGGGAAUCUUCCAGUUGAUGAUGCCAUGCAGUUUGGCCAUGAAGAAGUAGUAAAUAUGCUCAGAGAAUACCAGCAAGACUGGAAGCAGCAGGAAAGGCAGCAUGGCGAGGCCGAACGUCCCCCAAAACUGGACACAAUUGAGGGCAUGGUUUGAUAUUUUUAAAAGUAAAAUUUUAACAUGUCAGAACAUGAGUGACAUUUGUUAAACUUGAACUAAGUGCAGAACCAAAGAAAUCUUGACUAAAUGAAUGUAAUUGAAUUUUGCAUAUUGUAACAAUUACGUAUAUAAAGGGUAUAAGGUUUUAUAUUUGUACUUCGUCUAAACUUGUCAAGUAAAAAAAAGUUUUUGAGCAAAUUAUAACUUUGGACAUUAAUCUAAAGCUCUGCUGAAAUAUUUGUAUGAAAGAACGUCCUUUUUAAAACGUAGACUCUCUGUAUGAUUUUUAAACAAACAGUAUGUCGAUAAAAUGCUUUUACUGAGGUAAGACUCAGUCAUUCUUUAAAUUCCUGUCCCUUUGGAUAUAAAUUAUAAUUUUAUUGUUAUCAAAGAAACAAAUGGUAUUUUUUUUACAGUAUCAACCUUUGUUUACAAGGGAUUAUUAAACUAUAUUGUACCUAUAUGCACACAUACAAAGACAAACUCUUAAAGAAAUCAAAGAUUUUAACAAGUAUACUGUAGUAUUUUGUGUCUGCCUUCCUUUAUGUAGAUUUUGUGUAAUCAUAAGAAAAACAAUCACUUGCACUGGGAGAAUUGCAAUUAAUGCAAUAUAAGUUUAGGAGUUUUUAUGAGUGAUAGCCAUUUCUAAGGAGUUUGUCUUUAAAUCACCAGAUUUUUCAGUUACCAAAUAGUGCUAUGGAGCCAUCAGACUAAACAUCUAUUCAAUCGGAGCAGAAAAAAGAAGCUUCAUUAAUAAAACAGUUUGGAGAAACCUUUAGUUGCAUUCAGAUGGACCACUCCCUUAGAAACAAUGCAUCCUUUAGGAUCCUUUAUAUCGCUAUUGUUGAUAAAACACAGAUCCAGCCUUCUUAGUAGCCAAAACAACACAAGGUUAUCCAACUUAGCUGGAUUCCUGAAUUUAUUGAAUAAAGGACUUACUCAUCUGGUUUUGAUUUCCUCUGACCAGCAUGCUCCUGUGUAAGGAGCAAUGUAAUGUGAAACAUAACUGGAAUUUAGAGGAUAAUACAUUCUAAUUAAAACCUAAUCUGUUAAGGGAUUUUAGAUUUUACACAAGGAAGAAGAAAACAAUGGUUUAAAAUAAAUUAUGGGGACAUCUUUUUAGUGAAGUUUUUCAGAAUUCUUUUUGUUUUUUCUGUUUUGUGGUAAACAUCAGGUAAAAAAAUGUCAUAGUCCUUAAAUAUAACUGUCAUGAGUUUGGUGAGUUUGAUGUGUU